UCAACCAUUGAGUCAGAGUGAAGUAUUCAUCAGAUCGAACGACGAUUAUGAUCUCAUGUCAUAGCCAUUCACCCUCGUCUAUUGACCACAUCAUAGGGUUCUCCGCAGUAUUUGGCUACGCUCUCACAGACAUCUAAUCAACCACCACGUGUAAGGAGCACACACUUCCCCUGGCUCCGUUUCCGCGGAACCAGUCCAACUUUCAGUCCUAAAGACGCAUUUGGACAACACCAAUUCCAACAAGGAUUUUGCCCAUCGCAAUUGUGUCCCGUUCCGAAGCUUCCAAACACGCCGUUAGCUUUAAAAAGGAAAAAGGAAUAUUGCACGUUGGAGCAUAAUUCCUUUUUCGUUGCAGUCCCGCACUUCACGUAUUAAGAGCCCAACGCUAAUUCGAAUUUGGGUCUUAAUCUUCACCUCCUUCUUCGAUCUUGCCAACCAGCGAGUUCGAGUUUCAAUAAUGAUGGAGAAGGCAGAUUCUGUCCAGAAGCUGUAUACGCGCAUGCGGCUCUGGGCAUUUCCGGAUCAGUUUGUGAUUGAGCCUACGGAUGGAUCUUCUGGUUCUUCUUUGGCUGUUAGUCGAGUCGAUGGCUCCAUGAAGCUCAUCGAUGAGGUUCCGGAAUGCAGCUCGCUUCGUGUUCCUAAGAUAUAUACAAUUUUUGGUGUUGUAGGGAUGUUGAGGCUAUUGGCUGGUUAGCAAUCACUUAGCCAUAUUUGAUGAUGGAUAUUAUACAUAUAAUUGAGUAUUGUAUAUUGCUUAAGUUUUUAUUUCUUAUGUGUUGAAAGGAUUUCUUGUUGGUGUUCAUCCUUAUCUAUUUGCUUCAUUAAAGCUAAGUAAAUCAAGUAAUUAGACUAGUGAGUUCUUUGGGGAGACAGAUUAUGACUGGGAAAUUGGGAUAUUUGACUGAUGAUUAAUGAUAAUUGGUUUUGGAACACAAGUGAAAGCAAUAUUUGAAUACAAAGCCAGCGAAAAAGUAAAUUAUGCAUUUUUCAUAUUUAUCGUUUUGACAAAAACUAUGGGUUUAGAAAUCAUGGUAGCUCUACAGUCUUCAACUUUAUGAGUUCCUUUUAGUUAAUUUAUCAUUGUGGCUUUUGCUAUAAGCAAGUUCCUACUCCCUGCCUCCGUAUUCAGUGCUUGUACUUGUGAUUUUGAUAUUGAUAUGAAAUCUGAUUUUGUUGAUCUGGUUUACAUACCUGACUUCUCUUCAGAACUUAAU